GCGUGAAAACCGAGACGCAGAGAUGGAGAGCCUCCCUGUGUUUGUCUCCGCCGUUUUAAUCUGCGUGAUCAGUGCGGGGGAACGCCAUGACGAUAUCCACUGGACAUACUCAGAGGGGGCUUUGGAUCAGAUGCACUGGGCAACCGUAUACUCAGCGUGUGGAGGAAAGAAGCAGUCCCCAAUUGACAUCCAGCGGCGCAACGUCAGGUUCAACCCAGACAUGUUACAGCUGGAGCUGAGCGGAUAUGAUGCCCAGAAGGGAACUUUCCUCAUGUCCAACAACGGGCAUUCAGUUCAAAUCGACCUCCCUCCCACCAUGAAGAUCACCAAAGGCCUGUUGGGGACGUUCACAGCUGUCCAGAUGCACCUGCACUGGGGUGGCUGGGACCUGGAGGCCAGCGGAGCCGAGCACACCGUGGAUGGCAUCCGCUAUAUGGCAGAGCUCCAUGUUGUCCAUUAUAAUUCAGAAAAGUACAAGAGCUUUUCUGAAGCCAAAGAUAAGCCGGACGGGCUGGCAGUGCUCGCUUUUUUCUAUGAGGACGGCCAUUUUGAAAACACCUACUACAGUGAUUUUAUAUCCAACCUGGCCAAAAUUAAGUAUGCCGGUCAAUCCAUGAACAUCUCGAACAUUGACGUGCGCUCCAUGCUCCCCGAGAACCUCAGUCAUUUCUUCAGGUACGAAGGGUCCCUCACCACGCCCCCCUGUUUCGAGAGCAUCAUGUGGACUGUGUUCGACACACCCAUCACUCUUUCACAUAACCAGAUCAGGAAACUGGAGAGCACUCUGAUGGACAUAGACAACAAGACGCUGUCAAAUGAUUACCGUGUCCCCCAGCCGCUCAACGAUCGUGUGGUUGAGUCUUCAUUCCUGCCACGACUCGGCAAAGGAUCAUUUUGUCGGCAGGAUGAGAUCGAGUCCAAGCUCCUGAAGAUCGAAGGCCUGAUAACUUCUCUAGGAAAGAACAUGUUAUCAGGAGGUACUUCCAGUUCAAGGCCUUCCAAAAAUGAACGAGGCGAUCUGUUUCCUCUGGUGCUCAGCUUCAGUGAUAAAAACGCCAUCAGCUACGCUCUGGCUGACCUCAGUCACCCCAUGGAUUUGGACUCCUUCACGGUCUGCAUGCAUGUUCUCACAAAGAUGGAGGGGAGCCACACAGUCCUCUCCUACUCCAGCCACGGCAUCGACAACGAGCUGAUGAUCAGCAUCAACGAAGACUCGGAUGCGAGAGAAGUGGGCCUCUGGAUUAACAACGAGUUUGUCAACUUGCCGCACAACGUCAGGUCCAAGGACUGGAGGAACUACUGCAUCACCUGGUCGUCCCACACCGGUGGGGCGGAGCUCUGGAUCAACGGCAUGGUGGGGGAGCAGAGGUACCUGAGAAGCAGUUACACUAUCAGCCCUGGUGGCGUGUUCAUUCUGGGCAAAGACCAGGAUGGAUUACUGGGGAUCUCCAACGAUGACGCCUUUGUGGGCAAGAUGACAGACGUCAACAUAUGGGACUAUGUGCUGUCUGCAGCAGAUAUCCGAAACCAGAUGUCCUGUAAGAAUGGCAGUGCAGUGGUAGGGAACGUGUUCAGCUGGGGAACCACCAAGCUCAGCCUGUAUGGUGGGGUGCAGCUGGACAACCAGCACAGGUGCUCUUAAAAACCCUACGCUGCUUGUCUUGGCAAAAACAAAACAAAAAAAAAGAUCACGGUUGAUGGUGUGGCCUUUGAAUGUU